AUGUUUCAACAGGAGGUCCCGGCACAAGAUGGAGUGUCUGCGCCAAUAACACUGUACCUCACAUUUAUCUCGACUGUGCUAUCAUUGCGAGGUGAUCAUGUCUACAAACAGCCCCUUGUAGAUGCCGCCACUCAAUCUGUAUUCUGCUGGAAUGGGGAAGCCUGGAAGAUUGCUAACGAGCGGGUCUCGGGUAAUGACACAGAGCUUGUUUUUGGUCGAUUCCUGCAGGCUGUGACGGGUGGUGCCCAUCAGGCCAUUGAAAACUUUGCAAGUGUUGUUGCAAGUAUCUCGGGUCCAUUCGCAUUUGUCUUCUAUGAUGCUGCACAUGGACGAGUGUUCUUUUCCAGAGAUUGCCUUGGCAGAAGGUCACUUCUGCGUGGCUUGGACGAGGAUGGCAGUCUGAAGAUUUGCAGCUUAUGCGAUGGCUCAUCCUCUACGCACUUCCAAGAAGUUGGUUUUGAAGGUGUCUAUAUGAUUGAUCUUGAGAAAUACCAAGAGCCAUCUAUAGACUCUGCAGAGCCAUAUAAGAUUGACAUACUGCCAUGGAGUUCUGACCCUCGUCCUCCUGCAGGUCAUAUAAAAAAUCCCAUUCCGCCAAUGAACAUGUCCGUCCCAGGGGAACAACCUCCUGCACUUAAACCAGAGACACCCUUUGUGAAGGAUCUCCAAUCCAAACUGCACCAGUCUCUCGCCCUAAGAAUUGAAGAUGUACCCAACCCACCCGAUUACAUCCAAGGCCAAAGCGCCAAAAUUGCAGUCCUCUUCUCAGGAGGCCUAGAUUGCACACUCCUCGCCCGCCUAGCUCACAACAUCCUCCCCAUAAACGAACCAAUCGAUCUCCUCAACGUCGCAUUCGAGAAUCCUCGAGUUGCCGCCGCCGCCGCCGCAACUUCGAAGCCGCAAAAUCCAUCUUCAUCAUCCCCUCCAUCAAAACCCACUUCCUUCUACGAAGCAUGUCCAGACCGGAUCACCGGCCGCUCAGCACACGCCGAGCUCCAACAGACCUGUCCAGACCGAACAUGGCGCUUCAUCGCCAUCGACAUCCCCUACACUGAAACCCUCGCCCACCGCGACUCCGUCAAGCGACUCAUGAGGCCGCACAACACGGAAAUGGACCUAUCCAUCGCCUGCGCGUUGUACUUUGCCUCGCGCGGCCAAGGAGCCAUCUCCAAUCCCACCCCUUCCCCCUACACCACCACCGCCCGCGUACUGCUCUCCGGUCUCGGUGCAGAUGAGCUAUUCGCCGGGUACGGCCGUCACGGAGUCGCAUUCACCCGUGGCGGAUUCCCAGGACUCAUCGCCGAGAUCCAGUUAGACGUCAGUCGACUUGGUCAGCGCAACCUUGGCCGCGAUGACCGGGUGCUCGCUCAUUGGGGCCGGGAGACGAGAUUCCCGUACCUGGAUGAGGAGUUUGUCGCGUGGGUGCUGCAGGCACCGGUGUGGGAGAAGUGCGGGUUUGGACUUGCGGAGCCGCAAAGUGAGGAUGGAAAGCGGUGUCUUGAAGGCAUUGAUAAGGAGAAGAUGGCGCUGCGGCUUGUGGCGCUUCGAUUGGGGUUGAGCUCUGUGGCGAGAGAGAAGAAGAGGGCUAUUCAGUUUGGCGCUAGGACGGCUAAGAUGGAGAAGGGGAGGACGAAGGGGACUGAUGCGUUGAGCUAA